UCGCCGUUGAGUUUAAUAAUUAAACAGAUAUAAUUAAUAAGUAUUUGAUGUCGUGUCGUCGAUAGUUUUUCUUGCGGUCAAAGCUUAACGCUGAAAAGUGUGUUGGUCGAUCCCAAUACAGGUACGGUAGUUGUUAUAAAUUUAUUAAAACCCCCAUUAUGGCUCCAUCGGCGUCCAUAAAAGUUCGUACAGCGAUUCGAUCCGAACCGUUGGAAAUACCAGUCAACGUCAACACAACCGUCGAAGAUGUAAUUAUGGAGACAUCCAGAAUUUUGUACAUCGGACCGGUAGCUAGACACUUGUUUGCACUGCGACCUUAUAGCGCUGGAAACAAUAAGAACACAUGGUUAAACCCGUCGUCCAUUGUAGUGCAUGCCAAAAAAAAGCAACACGUGUAUGAGUACAAAUUGCUGUACAAAACGUUCGAUACAAAACGACUGAAAUCAAUCGAUCGUUUUGCUUACAAUUAUUAUUACCAUCAAGUGAAAACGGAUCUGCUCAACAACAACGUGACUGGAUUGUGUUAUGUAACCUACAGACCGUACAUAAUUGGACUGGGGGUUACUGAAAUGUACAGAGAAAUAUUGGUAGAGUGCAAGAACAAAGAAGAUGUCGAGCGAAAUUAUUUACAAUACAUGCCAAAGGAACUUUUCAAAUGGCAUUAUAUUUUUAUUUUGUAUUUUCUGAAAAAACCUAUUAUAGAAAAAUUAAGAUCGGUUAUGGAUUGUAAUGCAAAGCAUCUGUAUUUUCCUUCGGACUCUCUAUUCAAAUCCAGUUAUGUAGAUCAGUUUACUUGGAUUGCUCCAGAUUAUUUAGAAGGAGAAUACAUUGCUUUGUACGAUGUAAAUGGGAAUUCAAUUGAAGUAACCCUAAAAAUAAAUCCGUUUCAUUCGAAAAUGCCAGGAAUACGAAUGUGUACUACAGAUAAAGAAGAAUGGGUGCACUUGGUAGCUAUUGAGGAUUUGUGUUUCCUAUCUUCGACAAACGAACUUGUUGUAGAAAUAUUUCAUAAAACUGGGCCACGAAUACUUAUUAGAUUUUAUAACGCUAAGACUAUGAUUUCAUUCCUGACAUUACUUAACGGUUAUUAUCGAUUGAUGGUAAAUUGGAGUUUCGACGUAUGUGCAUCUAUAAAUACACCGUCUUUAAGCAAACUAAAAGCUAUGCGUUGUCACGGUCCAAUUAGUAAGGAGACGUCUUAUGAUAUUUUAAAAAGUGAAACGGAAAACAUUGGAAAUUACAUGCUAAGAGAAUCUGCAAAAUAUUAUGACAAUUAUUAUGUCGAUGUUUCUGUAAACUGUUGCCAGAGGCAGUUCUCACUUAAAAUAACAAAAGUGGAAGCACUCUUUACAGUAGCUGGUCAAAACAGUAUUGGUUACACUUCAAUUCGGGAACUUUUGGCAAACCACGAAAUCUCAAAAAUGUCGUUAGAUUGCAUUUUACCAUCAGACGCUGCUAUGCGUACGCUGCUGCUUUGCAAAAAUACUAGCAUAAAGCCAACAUAUAAUGCAAAUAAAGAAGAGAAAAUCGUUGGUCCUCGAUUGAUUAGCAGUGAUUCAAUUGAACUGAUUAAAAUACCUCUACUAAUUUUUUCAGCAAAAAACACAAAAGAUCAUCCACUUAUAAAAGUACAAUUAGCUACUUGGUCAAAAUUUAAAAAAAACGACUCUACUGUUGUUUUAAAACUAUUUAAAGACGGUGUAAAUGUUGAAAUGCAUUUGAAGGAGUUGUUGAGUCUAUCAAAACAAUGGGGUUUUAUAUCCUCACGCGCUGUAGUGCGGUUUUUGGGGCUUUGUAUGGAUUCACCAACGGCUCUGGUCAGCGAAUACUUUCCUUUAGGACCCCUAGAUGCCUACUUAAGAAAAAAUGAAGACACCAUUUAUUACAAACAUUUAGUCGAAUCCGCAACAUAUAUGGCUACAGCACUUUUAGACAUGGAAACUGCUGGCUUUGUUCACGGUAAAAUUCGCUGUCAUAAAUUUGUCGUGGCUGAACAUACAGCAAAAAAUUUUGUUGUUAAACUUACAGAUCCAGGUAUUCAUACGUGUUACACUUGUUACGAUUUAUAUUGGAUACCCGUUGAAUUUUAUGAUUCCAUGGAGCUUGCAAAGACGUCUCCUGAAGCCGAUGUUUGGGCUUUGAGUUCUACAUUGUGGGAAUUGUUUAGCUACGGUAUAGAGUUACCCGAAGUACAUACCAUCGAGUCGUUCAAAAAAAAAUAUGAACAGAACGGUAAAAUGCCACAACCCGAUAGCUGUACAGAUGACAUCUAUCACAUCAUGUCCGACUGUUGGGAUAUCAAACCGUUUAAUCGUAAAAAACCUCAGACAAUAUUGAGAGAUCUGAGACAAAUUUGGUUGAAAAUCUAUGCAAUUACUAAUAGCCAACAAAACGAUUACGCACCAAUCAAAGAUAAAGAUGACACACAACCCGCCGAUACAUUAGUUGAUAAUACGUCUGAAAAUGAAGGUGAAAUAUUUCGAGUGCCGAGUAUCAGUUCUAUUGGUGAAACAAUGUCAGAACCCAAUUCAAGUGAUAACACCAACGAUAGUGAUCAUGAUUACAAUCCUAUAUUCGAGUCCAGCAUAAGUUACAAUCAUUUUUUUAAUGAGUCGACUCUAAAAGAAGACAUUAAAAAGGACACUGAAGAUGAUUUAAACUGCAAUGACAAAAUAUACCAGUUUAAUAACUCGACAUUGAGCUUAGUGAACGUUAUACAACAGGGAAUUCAUGGAGUCGUUUUUAAAGGAUUGCUGGAUGAUGGUGAAAACAAAAUUAAAAAAGUUGCUGUUAAACGCAUGAAUAAGUCGUACCAGAUGGAGAAUUUUCAAAGAGACAUAACGACUUUACAACGGUUGGAUCAUCCAAAUAUUGUAAAAUUUGAAGGAGUAUUGGAGGAACCAAAUCUAAUGCUUAUAAUGGAAUAUAUCGAGUUUGGAUCAUUAAACACUUACUUGAAAACACAUAAAAAAGAACUUUUUGAUAAAACAAAUCUUCUUUUGAAAUAUUCUCUGGACAUUGCUCAAGGAAUGGAGUAUUUAAAAACUCUAAACAUUGUGCACAGAUAUUUGGCCACCAAAAACAUAUUGGUUGCAAGUUCUACAACUGUAAAAAUUAAUUUACAGACUCUGAGGGAUGUACCCCUUAAAUGGCAUGCUCCAGAAGCUAUUCUGUCUAGCAAGUAUUCACCGAAAACGGAUGUCUGGGCAUUUGGUUUUGUACUUUUUGAGAUAUUCUCCUUGGGCAGAGAACCUAAUUUUCUCUCCAAGUUAGAAAAUAAAGCAGACGUGGAAAGCAUAAUAAAAGUUAUGCAAGAAGGUCAUCGACAACAGUGUCCACCUUACCCGCCGUGUUCAAUGGAUAUUUACUUCAAGCUUAUGUACCCAUGUUGGUCUUAUGAUCCAACUAAUCGACCUGAUUUUAAACUGUUGAUACAGAUCAUUCAGUGUUUGAUGGACGAAACACCUAACGGCGGUUAAUUAACUUGGUGUACCUAAAUUAUUUAAUAAUAUUCAAUAUAGUAAUACCAGUAGUCGCUCUUUUAGCUGAUAUUAAAAGAUAGUAUUUUUAGAUUAGUCAAGUUGUUAAAUUUUCAGUAGGUAGGUAGUUAUUAAUUCGUAUAGUAAUUAAGUAAAAAAUAACUUAAGUUAUUGAUUAUAAUUCACAUAAUUAAACUACAGUCUACAAGUAAUUACCUAAGUAUAGAAAUAAUAUUAUAUUAGUAACCUAAAUAAUUUACUUUUAAAGUCGAGAAGAACACACUAAAAAUUGAUUAAAGCAUUAUUUAAACUUUAAUGAAUGAAGAGUGUAAGUGUAAUUAAGUAUAUUUCACACUGUCAGAGAAAUAAUUUAGUUUUUUUUUUGGUUGUUAAAAGACACUAAUAAUUAUACUUAUAAACUGUAAUAAGAUUACUCUAAAUUUGCUUUUUUAAUAGGAAUCCAUAUCGAACACCUAGAUCAAAACUGUAACAACUCAAUAAACAUCGUUUUUCGGGAAUUCCAAAAAACUUAUUUUCAAGUUUAAUUACUUUAACUUUAAUUGUUUGUUUUAAUAAGACAGUUUUGUACAACAAAUUUACAUACACUCAACUUGAUGUCUGAGCAGAAACUAAAAUUUUAAACGGUUUUACAAAAUGUACCUAAAGCGCCAUAUUUUGGAGAGUAAUCAAGACAAAUUUUAAUUUGUUUUGUUGGUUCAUGCAACUUCGUUUUGUAGAAUCCGAAUAUAAAAAUAACUAAAAAUACCCACUUUUUGAGUUGUUACAGUUUUGAUCUAGGUUUGCGAUAUAUUACCUAAGUAGGUAGUAAGUGAUUAAAAAUAUCAUGUUUUUUUCUCUUAAAUAGCAAAAUAUUGCAAAUGUCUGUCGGUAAAAUCAUAUAAAUUGUAUUUAGUAUUUAACAAUGUUGAUUGUAAAUCGAUUAUUGAAAUGUAUAGAAACAAAAUGAACGAUCAUUUUGGAAAAAUAACUUAAAUUACAUAGUUGCCUAUAUAAAAAGUGACAUUGUUUUUUAUUAUAAUAUAAAUCACAUUUCAAUGACAAUUAUUUCAACAUUUAGUAUUAGUUUCUUUAAUGUAUAAUGUAUAUUAUAUCUUGUACUGUCGACGGUUAAAAGACUAUUUACUGUAAGUGGUAGAAAGUGUUGUAUAAGACAUUAAACGGAUUAUAAUGUUCUAUUCAUAAUUGAAAUUUAUCAUUACCGUUAUUUUAUAAUGUUUGAAAAUUUUGCAAAGUACACACAGGCAAUGUAAGUAAAAAUUGUAAGAAAAUGGCGUCAAGUCUUUUAACCGUCAAUAAAUGUAUUAAUUGUUUUUUU